CGCAAGUACUCAACCCUCGAGCUUCAGCCAUGGCCAACCCGCUGCUAGGAGUUGAGGCAUAUGUCUUCGAUGUAUUUGGCACAGUCGUAGACUGGCGUGGCAGUGUUACUAGAGCGCUGGCCGACUUCGCAGGAUCUGAAGACGAAGACUGGGGCAGCUUUGCGCAGGAAUGGCGGAACGGGUACAAGGAAUACACCGCAAGGGUGGCUGGUGGUGGAGAGGGCUCAAUCAUCGUAGACAUUAUGCAUAGAGAAAUACUCGACGGAAUGCUGGCUUCCCCACGAUGGGAGCACCUUUCUGCUCGUUGGGGCGACGCGGAAAGACAGGCGAUGGUUCGCUUCUGGCAUAAGCUAGACGGGUGGGCAGACAGCAGCAAGGGUCUCUACGCUAUGAAGAGGAAAGCAGUCAUCGGAACACUAUCGAACGGAAAUGUGCGACUGCUCGUCAACAUGGCCAAGCACGCUGACCUCCCCUGGGACGUUGUGUUCUCCGGAGAGCUUCUCGGGUCGUACAAACCGAACCCCAAGGUGUACCUCGGCGCGAUCCACCACCUCUCGGUGCCGCCCGAGAAGUGCGCCAUGGUCGCGGCCCACAUCUUCGAUCUCCGCGCGGCGGCGAGCCAUGGAAUGAAGACGGUGUACGUGCGCAGGGUGACGGAAGACAUAAAUGUCAGAGACUUGGUUAAGAGUAAGGAGGAGGGUGGCGAAGUCGAUGUGGUGGUCGACUCGUUCGAGGAGCUAGCUGCACUCAUGUAGUAUAACAGUCGCUACACGGGCGAGGCGGGGUGUAGUACCCGAUAAGACGGGGGCGGCUCAGACGUACUGCUGGGCUCGAAGAACUAUUGUUUCGUAAGGCGGGUUCAA